GGCCCUUUGCUCUCUUUCCUUCGCUUAUAAUUGUCGUUGGGUCUCCGUCCGACUUCCUUCAAAUUCUGACCGCGUUUUCGUUGUUUCUUAAAAACAAAGUACUCUUUUGAACAAUUACGAAGUUUUAACAGUGAUCUAACAAUAACGAUGAAAGUUAAAAUAAAUAAGAAAGAACUCCCAAAGGAGGGACGUUCGACUCUGAACAAGGCAGUGAAAAACGUCAAAAAAAGACUCGAGACAAAAAACAAAGAAGCCAGAGUCAAAAAAGUUUCAAAAAUCAAUAAGAGAAAAAACAAAAAUCGUGACCAGGUCGACCUUAAUCGUGGUAUAGUUUAUAUUGGACAUAUUCCUCAUGGUUUUUAUGAGGAUCAGAUGAAGGAAUACUUUAAACAAUUUGGUCGGGUCGUACGAGUCAGACUAGCUAGAUCGAAAGAGACUGGGAAAAGCCGUGGUUAUGGGUACGUUGAAUUUUUAAAUCCUGAGGUUGCAAAAAUUGCUGCAGAGACGAUGAACAAUUAUCUGAUGUGUGGAAGACUAUUAAAAGCAACGUGCAUUCCACCGGAAAAACAACACAACGGAUUUUUCACGAAAACGAGAUGGACGAAAGAACAUUAUCCCAAAAAAUUCAGCAGAAUGAAAGAAAUCAAGAAAUUGAAUGCUGUGGUAACAAAGGAGAAACACGAGAUAUUUGUUAAGAAAUCACAUGCCAAACUAACCAAAAUUUCCAAUAAGCUAGAAAAACAAGGAAUUGAAUUGAACUUUCCCAUAAGCCCGAAAAAAGAAUAAAUUUACACAUCGUUAUUUUGUUAAAA